AUGGCUCCUGGAAAGGUUCCCGUAAAGAGAGACCCCAGAGCUUGGGAUGCUCUGACUCCUCCUUUGGCGGAAUGGAUCCUCGAUGCCGUAUCCAGCAUGGGGUUCAAGCAGAUGACACCGGUGCAGGCUGCGACUAUGCCGCAGUUUCUGGGUAACAAGGAUGUAGUAGUUGAGGCCGUCACUGGUAGCGGAAAGACACUCGCAUUCUUGAUUCCCAUAGUUCAGAGACUAUUGCGCUUGGAUGAACCGACUAAGAAGCAUCAUAUUGGUGCAAUCGUCAUUUCGCCCACGCGAGAACUCGCCGCACAGAUUCAUACAGUCCUUCUAUCCCUCCUCGAAUUCCAUGCGCCCUCCGCUGAGAUACUACCACACCUGAAAGGCGAAGAAAAGCGACCCAGCAGCGCCGUGCCCGCCAUUGUCCCGCACCCAAACCUUAUAAUAUCCUCUCCUGGUCGUCUUGUCGAGUUGCUGGCCUCUCCCCACGUUCACAUUGACCAGUCGUUUGAGGCGCUUGUGCUCGAUGAGGCCGAUCGGCUACUCGAUCUUGGCUUCAAGCAGGACCUCCAGACCAUUCUUUCGCAUCUCCCCAAGCAGCGACGAACGGGCCUGUUUAGUGCCAGUGUUAGCGAGGCCGUUGGCGAGAUUAUUCGAGUUGGACUUCGCAAUCCGGUCAAGAUUGAGGUCAAGGUCAAGAUGAAGGAUGGUGGAGUUGUCGAGGAUAGAAGGAUUCCUGCAAGUCUGCAGAUGUCCUACCUUGUUACCCCGGCUAGCCAUAAGCUGCCAGCCUUGGCACAGCUGUUGGAGCGCCUUCCCGUGCGACCUCAGAAAAGCAUCGUCUUUCUGUCUACAUGUGCCGCUGUGGACUAUUUCCAACACACCCUUCCGCAAAUAUUACCACAGGGAUUUUCAUUGGUGCCUUUGCACGGCAAGCAUCCAGCUAAAGUGCGCGAGAAGAACUUCAACCGCUUCCUGACUUCUGUCUCUCCUACAGUUCUGUUGACAACAGACUUGGCGGCGCGUGGUUUGGAUAUCCCUCAAGUCGACUUGGUUGUUCAGGUCGACGCCCCUUCAGAUCCCAAGGUAUUCAUCCAUAGGAGUGGGCGAGCCGGUCGUGCUGGUAGAAAGGGACUGGCUGUGGUGAUGCUUCAUCCUGGACACGAAGAAGACUACGCAAAAUUUCUAGAGAUUCGCCAAACCCCUAUUACACCCUUACUGAAACCUUCAAUUUCCGUGACGGAAGAUGAGGCUCAAAGUACGACGUCAAAAUUCCGAGCAUUACUCCAGGCGGAUCGUGCAAUUCACGACAAAGCCCAGAAAGCUUUCGUCAGCUGGGUCCGCAGUUACGGAGCACACCAAGCGACUUCCAUAUUCAGAGUUGCCGACCUGGACUGGACAGAUCUUGGACAUGCAUGGGGGCUUCUCCGUCUUCCCAGGAUGCCUGAGUUGAGAACAUGGACUGGAGAUAAGAUGCUGGGAGUUGAAAUGGAUUGGGAUACAUUUGCGUAUAAAGAUGCAGCACGGGAAAAGGCUAGACAAGAGGCCAUGAUGGCCGAUAAAUCAGGAGAGACGGAAAAGAAGGCGGCUGAGGCUAAGCGGAAGAGGAAGAACAACGAGGCAUGGAGCGGAAAGCAUGAGCAAGAGGAGCUCCGGACCGAGAGAAGAGAGAAGAGACACAAGAAGACAGAAGCCAAGAUGACAGCCAAGAUGACAGACGAAGAGAAGGUCAAGCAGGCUGAGCUGAAGGAGCUUAUCAGGCAGGUCAGAGAACAGAAUCUAGCGAAGGCAGCAGCCCAGGAAGAGGAGUUUGAAGGCUUUGAUUAA